CAGAAACUAAAAUCCAGUCUCUUACUAACACUGUCCGAAUUUUUAGCACUGAUAUCAGCAUGUAGUUUGGCUUGGACAAAUGUUCGACAGUGGCAUUGAAGAAGGGAAAAAUCAUUGAAAGUGAGGGCAUAAAUAUGCCUAAUGACCAAACAAUAAAGUGUCACCAGCCAGAGGCCUAUAAAUAUCUGGGCAUAUUACAGCUGGACAACAUCAAGCAUGAACAUGUGGAGACUGUGGUCAGCAAAGAAUACACACAAAGGGUCAGAAAAAUUCUCCAAAGCAAGCUCAAUGGAGGCAACACCAUCAAGGCCAUAAACACCUGGGCCAUACCUGUCAUAAGAUAUACUGCUGGCAUCAUAAACUGGACACAGGCGGAACUGGACAAUUUGGACAGAAAAACAAGAAAACUCAUGACCAUUCCUCAUUCACUGCACCCUCACAGUGAUGUUGACCGGCUAUAUCUGCCUAGAAGAUCAGGGGGCAGAGGACUCUUACAAGUAAAAGAAGCAGUCAAAGAAGAAGAACAUGCCCUGGCAGAAGAUGUCAAGCAAAGUGAAGAAGCUGCUUUGAGUGAAGUCAAAAAUCAGAAACUCCUCAAAGCACAGCAGACAAAAAACCAGUACAAGAAAACCGCACUACAAACUAGAGCUGACAGCUGGCACAACAAAACAUUGCAUGGAAAGUUCCUUGAUAAAACUGAAGGAAAAGCUGAUAAGGAGAAGACCUGGCUCUGGCUCACGAAUGGGACCCUGAAGAAGGAGACACAAGGCCUGAUCCUUGCAGCCCAGGAGCAAGACAUCAGGACAAAGGCAAACAAGGCCAAGAUCGAAAAAUCAGCUGAUGACCCAAAAUGCAGACUGUGCAAGGAAACCGACGAAACCAUGGAUCAUCUCCUCAGCUGCUGUAAGAAAAUCGCACAGACAGACUACAAACAGAGGCACAACUAUGUGGUCCAAAUGAUUCACUGGAACUUAUGCCUCAAGUCCCACCUCCCAGCAGCAAAGAACUGGUGGGAUCACAAAACUGCGAAAGUCUUGGAGAAGGAGCACACAAAGGUACUGUGGGACUUCCGAAUCCAGACUGACAAAGUUCUGGAACACAACACACCAGACAUCACAGUUGUGGAAAAGAAAAAGGUUUGGAUCAUUGAUGUCGCCAUCCCAGGUGACAGUCGCAUAGAUGAAAAACAACAGGAAAAACUCAGCCGCUCUCAGGACCUCAAGAUUGAACUUCAAAGACUCUGGCAGAAACCAGUACAGGUGGUCCCGGUGGUGAUGGGCACACUGGGUGCUGUGCCAAAAGAUCUCAGCCGGCAUUUGGAAACAAUAGACAUUGACAAAAUUACGAUCUGCCAACUGCAAAAGGCCACCCGACUGGGAUCUGCACACAUCAUCCGAAAAUACAUCACACAGUCCUAGACACUUGGGAAGUGUUCGACUUGUGGUUUUGUGAUAUGAAAUCCAGCAUGUCUAUCUUGUUUGCUGUGUCAUACAAUAAUAAUAAUAAUAAUAAUAAUAAUAAUAAUAAUAAUACAUCACACAGUCCUAGACACUUGGGAAGUGUUCGACUUGUGAUUUUGUGAUACGAAAUCCAGCAUAUCUAUCUUGUUUGCUGUGUCAUACAAUAAUAAUAAUAAUAAUAAUAAUAAUAAUAAUAAUAAUAAUACAUCACACAGUCCUAGACACUUGGGAAGUGUUCGACUUGUGGUUUUGUGAUAUGAAAUCCAGCAUAUCUAUCUUGUUUGCUGUGUCAUACAAUAAUAAUAAUAAUAAUAAUAAUAAUAAUAAUAAUAAUAAUAAUACAUCACACAGUCCUAGACACUUGGGAAGUGUUCGACUUGUGGUUUUGUGAUAUGAAAUCCAGCAUAUCUAUCUUGUUUGCUGUGUCAUACAAUAAUAAUAAUAAUAAUAAUAAUAAUAAUAAUAAUAAUAAUAAUAAUACAUCACACAGUCCUAGACACUUGGGAAGUGUUCGACUUGUGGUUUUGUGAUAUGAAAUCCAGCAUAUCUAUCUUGUUUGCUGUGUCAUACAAUAAUAAUAAUAACAAUAAUAAUAAUAAUAAUAAUAAUAAUAAUAAUAAUAAUAAUAAUAAUACAUCACACAGUCCUAGACACUUGGGAAGUGUUCGACUUGUGAUUUUGUGAUACGAAAUCCAGCAUGUCUAUCUUGUUUGCUGUGUCAUACAAUAAUAAUAAUAAAUCUUUAUUUAAAUCCCAAAGCGGGGCCACCAAGACACCAUUCCACCAUGUCUCCUGUGUCAAUAUAACAAUAUAAUAAUAUAUAAUAGUAAUAUUAUGCCAUGGUAAUAAUAUUUUAUAUUGUAUAUACAUAUAAUAUUGAUAAUAAUAUUAUAAUGUCAUACAAGAAUAAUAACAACAAUAAAUCUUUACUCACUUCCAGGCUCAGGAACGACAUGGCGGUCCGGCUGCGUCGCAUGGCGUUUUCCCUGCAAAGAGGAGAGAGAGCGGAUCAGAACGGUGUGACGCAUCUGGCUGGAGCGGCACCAGAUUAUACGGCAGUGUGGACUCAUAUAAUCCAGUUCAAAAUCCCAUAUCGCCUUUUCGCCACCUGUUUGGAAAUUUGCAAACUGCCUUGACUCCAGCUGGGGAGGGAAGACCAGAUGUUUCCUUUGCAAAAUCUUUUCAAUGUCUACCCGGGGAGAAGGAGCCAAGCAGUCUGGAAGCGUUGAGCGCAAACAAAAAAAAGCACAGGGGGAAAAAAUGCAACACGAGAGGUUGUUUUCCCUUCCGACAAAGCGCUGACACUUUGAAAGACAAAGGCGUACGACUGGACAGAAAACAAGAGCCUCCUUAGAAACUAGAAACACUGGUCCAACCAGAAAGGCGUCCAAUUGAACAGAAAGCUGACACUCUUUUAAAUAUUAACUUUCAAAGUGGCAUGCAGAUGGUUUUCUGGGGCUAAGAUGUGGCUUUGGCUGGAGCAGACCGUCUCGGAGAAGUUGGAGUUGUAGGCACUGGGAUGUAUAGUUCACCUGCAAUCGAUGAGCACUCUGAACUCCAUCAAAGAUGGAAUUGGACCAAACUCGGCACUCAGAGAUCCCAUGACCAUCAAAACAUACUAGAAGUCUUUGGGAGAAAUUUACCUAGAUUUGGGGGAGUUGUAGUUCACCUACAUUGUGAACCCAAACACUGAUGGAUCUGGAUCCAACUUGGUACAUAGACCUGAUAUGCCAAAAUUUGAUUACUGGAGAGAUUUGAUUACUUUCUGGGUGUUGUAGUUCACCCACAACCUGGGAAACUGUGACCUCCACCGAUGAUAGAUCUGGACCAAACUUGACAUACAGAAUGCCAGUGACUAACUCAACCUACUGGAGGGUUUUGAGGGGACGGACUCACCAGAGUGGGAGUUGUAGUUCACCCUACAUCCAGAGAGCACACUCAACCCCACCCAUAUUGCAUCCAGAGCAAACUUGUCCAACGUAACACCCUUUUAAGUACUGAUGGUGUUUCUGGGGGUUUUCCUGGCACGAUGUCAGUAAAUCCACAAUUAUAUACAUUUUGUACAAUUAAAACAUUGACUUUUCAAAUAACCUGGGCAACAGUGGGUACUCAAGGUAGUAAAUAUAAUAAUAUUGUAAUAAUAUGUAUGCAGGACUUGGAAAUGUUUCUUGAGUACCUUUGGGGAGAUGGUGGCGAGGUACAAAUAAAGGUUUAUUAUUAUGUUGUUAUUAUAUGAUUAUUAUUCUUGUGGGUAUUUCUCUGUGUACAAAAAACCCAAUUCUGUUUCACAGUUGCUAUCAAGGGUCUUGUCAUUUUAACCGGCUGUGCUGGCGAUAAAAUUUUCGAAAGGCAAUGCUGUGAUGUGUUUGCUGCUCGGCGACAAGGAAAAAAGGUGUAUACACUAGAGAUGUGUGCGAAAAAAUUUCCUUCGUUUUGUUUCACUUGUUCGUCUGCACAAAACGAAUGACAUUUUCGUAGGAAACGCGAGGCGACACGAAAAUGAAAGCUGCAUAGUCAUCGUGCUUGCUUUCGUUUUGGCUUCUUAACAAUAAGCAGGUACUGACAGAGGGCUGCAGUGCUUUCCCAUUACAUCUGAUGGGUGUUAAUGGUAAUACUAAUAUGAAUAUUAAUAACAAUAGCUAUCCUGGGACCCUGAGUUUGGGAGAGGAGUGCCUCGCCAUUACAUCUGAUGUGUGUCAAUGGGUGAUAAUAAUACUAAUAUGAAUAUUAAUAACGAUAGCUAUCCUAGGACCCUAAGCUGAGUCUGAGAGGGGAGUGCCUCCAUUACAUCUGAUGUGUGCCAAUGGGCGUUAAUGAUAAUAUUAAUAUGAAUAUUAAUAAAGAUAGCUAUUCUGGGACCCUAAGCUGAGUCUGGGAGAGGAGUGCCCCCAUUACAUCUGAUGUUUGCCAAUGGGUGUUAAUGAUAAUACUAAUAUGAAUAUUAACAACAAUAGCUAUCCUGGGACCCUAAGCUGAGUCUGGGAGAGGAGUGCCUCCCCAUUACAUCUGAUGUGUGCCAAUGGGUGUUAAUACUAAUAUGAAUAUUAAUAACAAUAGCUAUCCUGGGACCCUAAGCUGAGUUUGGGAGAGGAGUGCCUCCCCAUUACAUCUGAUGUGUGCCAAUGGGUGUUAAUGAUAAUACUAAUAUGAAUAUUAAUAACGAUAGCAAUCCUGGGACCCCUAAGCUGAGUCUGAGAGGGGAGUGCCUCCCCAUUACAUCUGAUGUGUGCCAAUGGGUGUUAAUGAUGAUAGUAAUAUGAAUAUUAAUAAAGAUAGCUAUCCUGGGACCCCUAAGCUGAGUCUGAGAGGGGAGUGCCUCCCCAUUACAUCUGAUGUGUGCCAAUGGGUGUUAAUGAUGAUACUAAUAUGAAUAUUAAUAAUUAUGGCUAUCCUGGGACCCUAAGCUGAGUCUGAGAGGGGAGUGCCUCCCCAUUACAUCUGAUGUAUGCCAAUGGGUGUUAAUGAUAAUACUAAUAUGAAUAUUAAUAACGAUAGCUAUCCUAGGACCCUAAGCUGAGUCUGGGAGAUGAGUGCCUCCCCAUUACAUCUGAUGUAUGCCAAUGGGUGUUAAUGAUAAUACUAAUAUGAAUAUUAAUAACGAUAGCUAUCCUAGGACCCUAAGCUGAGUCUGGGAGAUGAGUGCCUCCCCAUUACAUCUGAUGUGUGCCAAUGGGCGUUAAUGAUAAUACUAAUAUGAAUAUUAAUAACGAUAGCUAUCCUGGGACACUAAGCUGAGUCUGAGAGGGGAGUGCCUCCCCAUUACAUCUGAUGUGUGCCAAUGGGCGUUAAUGAUAAUACUAAUAUGAAUAUUAAUAACGAUAGCUAUCCUGGGACACUAAGCUGAGUCUGAGAGGGGAGUGCCUCCCCAUUACAUCUGAUGUGUGCCAAUGGGUGUUAAUGAUAAUACUAAUAUGAAUAUUAAUAACAAUAGCUAUCCUGGGACCCUAAGCUGAGUCUGAGAGGGGGGUGCCUCGCCAUUACAUCUGAUGUGUGUCAAUGGGUGAUAAUAAUACUAAUAUGGAUAUUAAUAACGAUAGCUAACCUGGGACCCUAAGCUGAGUCUGAGAGGGGAGUGCCUCCCCAGUACAUCUGAUCUGUGCCAAUGGGUGUUAAUGAUAAUACUAAUAUGAAUAUUAAUAACGAUAGCUAUCCUAGGACCCUAAGCUGAGUCUGGGAGAUGAGUGCCUCCCCAUUACAUCUGAUGUGUGCCAAUGGGCGUUAAUGAUAAUAUUAAUAUGAAUAUUAAUAACGAUAGCUAUCCUGGGACACUAAGCUGAGUCUGAGAGGGGAGUGCCCCCAUUACAUCUGAUGUGUGCCAAUGGGUGUUAAUGAUAAUACCAAUAUGAAUAUUAAUAACAAUAGCUAUUCUGGGACCCUAAGCUGAGUCUGGGAGAUGAGUGCCUCCCCAUUACAUCUGAUGUGUGCCAAUGGGUGUUAAUGAUAAUACUAAUAUGAAUAUUAAUAACGAUAGCUAUCCUGGGACCCCUAAGCUGAGUCUGAGAGGGGAGUGCCUCCCCAUUACAUCUGAUGUGUGCCAAUGGGUGUUAAUGAUAAUACUAAUAUGAAUAUUAAUAACGAUAGCAAUCCUGGGACCCCUAAGCUGAGUCUGAGAGGGGAGUGCCUCCCGAUUACAUCUGAUGUGUGUCAAUGGGUGUUAAUACUAAUAUGAAUAUUAAUAACGAUAGCUAUCCUGGGACUCUAAGCUGUGUCUGGGAGAGGAGUGCCCCCCAUUACAUCUGAUGUGAGCCAAUGGGUCUUUAUUAUAUAUGUGUGUGUGUGUGUGUGUAUAUAUAUAUAUAUAUAUCUCAAUAACGAUAGCUACUCUGGGACUCUAAGCUGAGUCUGGGAGAGGAGUGCCUCCCCAUGAGUUGAUGUGUUCCAAUGGGUCAUAAUACAGACUAGAGAGAUGGGCCGAAACUAACAAAAUGAAGUUCAACAGGGACAAAUGCAAGAUACUUCACUUCGGCAGAAAAAAUGGAAAUCAAAGAUACAGAAUGGGGGACGCCUGGCUUGACAGCAGUGUGUGCGAAAAAGAUCUUGGAGUCCUCGUGGACAACAAGUUAAACAUGAGCCUACAAUGUGAUGCGGCAGCUAAAAAAGCCAAUGGGAUUUUGGCCUGCAUCAAUAGGGGAAUAACGUCUAGAUCCAGGGAAGUCAUGCUCCCCCUCUAUUCUGCCUUGGUCAGACCACACCUGGAAUACUGUGUCCAGUUUUGGGCACCGCAGAUGAAGGGAGAUGCUGACAAGCUGGAAAGCGUCCAGAGGAGGGCAACUAAAAUGAUUAAGGGUCUGGAGAACAAGCCCUAUGAGGAGAGGCUUAAAGAGCUGGGCAUGUUUAGCCUGCAGAAGAGAAGGCUGAGAGGAGACAUGAUAGCCAUGUACAAAUAUGUGAGGGGAAGUCAUAGGGAGGAGGGAGCAAGCUUAUUUUCUGCUGCCCUGCAGACUAGGACACGGAACAAUGGCUUCAAACUACAGGAAAGGAGAUUCCACCUGAACAUCAGGAAGAACUUCCUCACUGUGAGGGCUGUUCGGCAGUGGAACUCUCUCCCCCGGGCCGUGGUGGAGGCUCCUUCUUUGGAGGCUUUUAAGCAGAGGCUGGAUGGCCAUCUGUCGGGGGUGCUUUGAAUGCGAUUUCCUGCUUCUUAGCGGGGGGUUGGACUAGAUGGCCCUUGAGGUCUCUUCCAACUCUACUAUUCUAUGAUUCUAUGAUUCUAUGAUUCUAAUAUUAUUACAGUAGUGUUUCACUUAUCCAAGGUUCUGGAUUAUCCAAGGCAUUUUUGUAGUCAAUGUUUUCAAUACAUCAUGAUAUUUUGGUGCUAAAUUCGUAAAUACAGUAAUUACAACAUAACGUUACUGUGUAUUAAACUACUUUUUCUGUCAAA